CAGUGGUGUUGUCAUUACUGUAGUAGAUCUAGUUUGGUCUAUCUUAAGAAAGGAAAAGAAACAGAUGGAUUACAGAUGCUGAGAACAUCCGACUAUUUUAUACUUUGUUGAUGAACGUAUGUUGAAAGAAUGUCAGAAUCUACUUCAGAAACAAGGGACGAACGUCGACAACCGCGGGAGCCCCAGAUGACUAGCAGCCAUGAACAGCAAAGAACAGGCGACAGCCGUGAACACAACAGACCUGCACGGACGACUCACACUCACACGUCCGUCUCACGCAGCCACGCAGACGCGGACUCUGAGAGGAGAAGCAGACUUUUGCAGCUCAUGACGUCACCACCGAGUACCCUCGACAUGACGUCACAGAGAGCGUCCGCCGUGCGCGCAGACGGGAAGACGAGUCCUGUGUCGUUUGGACAAGUCCUGGGCCGGAAAGUGUCCGCCUCCCCCGAACAUGCAGGCCACAGAAGCGUUAAGCCCCCCAGUCCAGCGACCUCACAGACCGGACCAGCUUCCAGAUCUCCCGCCAACAAACAGUCGAAGGACCCUAUAGCUCCCACAAGAAACGCCCACACUUUUACAGAACCGGUACAGCCUUCACAUACCUCAGAUACUGGACGGAGUUCACUGAACCCUGUGUGGUGACCAGGCCCCGCUACUUCGACAAGCACCUGCUCUUUCACGACAGCCACCCGCGCCGACGUGAGACGGACCAGUUUGCCAGAUCCCUGCAACU